AUGGAAAAUGACUUCAACUGCAGUUUGAGCUAUUUCAUUUUCAAUUCAUUCAAACCCCACGAAUUCUAUUACAAUUGCACAUCCAAUGACAAUGUGGGGGAAAUUCAGAAGCCGUUGGGCAUUUAUUUCAUAUCCAGCGGUCUAUUCAUCCUCAUUCUCUACACGCUGUGUCUCAUUGCGAUGGCCAAAAGCGAUCUGAUGAGAAGCUCGUGCUACAAGAUUAUGAUGCUUCUCGGCAUUCUCGAUAUCAUCUGCACAUUCACUAAUUCGUUGGCCACUGGAUUCUUGGGAUACGAGGGUGCAACGUUCUGCUCUUACCCAAGAUUCAUCUUCGUUAUGGGAUCCAUUGGAUGCGGCUGUUGGAUCGGAUCGUGCCUAAUCUGUGUGAUCCUCGGGAUCAACCGCUGCUGCGAUAUGAACCCCAAUUUAAAAAUUCGAUUCAUUUUCCAAGGAAGCCGCACCUACAUAGUUAUAGGUGUGAUAUCAAUUCUAACCUUAUGCGAAACAUUUUUCACAAAGCCGUUUUUAUUCAACUCAAACUAUAUGUGUUGGUUUUUCGACCCCAAACUUGGUUUAAAACACAGUUAUUAUAUAAAUAAAAUUCAUACAAUUGUCAAUUGUUGCACCUCAAUCUUAAUCACCACAAUUUAUCUUUAUUUGUGCAUUUUCCUCAAGAAAAAAGGCAAAAUAUCACCGUCAGGAGUCGUUUCAAAAGUGCAAAGACAAGUGUUCAUUCAAUCCAUCCUAAUCUGCUCGUUCAAUGCCAUUGCUUCCUACAUUUACGUCUACAUGCAAUUAUUUUACUCUCCACCAUUUUUGGUGCUAAUCGGCCAGAUCUCAUGGCAAUGGAGUCACGGUUCGGUUUGUGUCGUCUAUCUGAUAAUCAAUCGGACGAUUCGAAAACGCGUCAUAAAUCUUCUGAUUUCCGAAGGAAUCCAAAAAAGAAUCCAUAUCGGCACACUUCAAUCGUCUUCUCUGAAUGCCGCCAGAUCAUAA